CUUGGCCAAAGCCGUGUAUAUAGUAGAGGUGUGUUAUUUUUGGAAUACAAGUGUCAGUUGAACUGGUUAAAUAUGCUCUUCCUGGGCGUUUACUAUAAAACAGAAAGUGAAAAAAAGUUUAAAUCGGCUUGUGAUCAAGUAAGAAAAUUUUCAAAGAGACCUCCAGAUAAUGAUCUUCUAGAAUUGUAUUCGCUUUACAAACAAGCUACGGUUGGAAAUGUUAAUAUUGCUAAACCAUCAGGCUUAGAAGACGUAAAGAAAUGGGAAGCUUGGAACGCCAAAAAAGGAAUUGCUAUUAGUACCGCUAAAGAACAAUACAUUACAAAGGCGAAGGUUUUGGCUGGUACAUAUGCUUAAGUUUCUGCAUAUUGUUUCUCAUUGUUUUUUGUAGUACUAAAUAAUAAAGUAGUUACUGAUGAUAUCACAUUCACAAUACUGUAAUUUUAGC